AUGGAAAAAGAAGAAGAAGAAAGCAGCCCGGAGCUGAUAUUAGAAGCAGAAUCAAAGCCAGUUAACUUUUCUCCUUCCCCAGAUUUUGUCUGGCUAUGCAAUGAACUUUUUGUUAAACUAGAAGAUGCAUCUAUCAAGAAAAAUGAACUAGGAAAACCACGCCGUUUACGCCUGCUGGAAAUCAUUUCUCAUUUCUAUAGGCUUUGGAGAACUACAGUAGGGAACGAUAUUUAUCCUGCUUUGAUCUUAGCUUUACCUUAUCUAGACAAGAGAACCUUUCGUCUUAAGGAAGCAACGCUUGUUCAAGCCAUAUGUCGUUACUUGAAGUUGCCGAGAAACUCUGAAACGGAAAAGCGGCUAAUAUAUUGGAAGAAAAAUGCUCCUCGGGGAUCUAAACUAUCCAAAUCUUGCGUGGAAGAAAUACAGAAGAGAAAGAAAGAAUAUUUAGGCCCUUCUCGACUUUCUAUCGACAAAGUGAAUGAGUGCCUAGAUCAACUCCACCAUGAUAGUAAUGUUGGAAAAUGGGGUUACAUAGGCCUUUCAAAAUCUAAAACGUUUAGGUAUUGCAUGGAACAUAUGUCAUUUACAGAAAUGAGAUAUUUUUUUGAUAUAAUACUAAAAGUAAGCGUUGUAGGUGGUUUAGAAGGUUUACUGUUAAGAUGCUGGCAUCCAGAUGCAGAAACCUAUUUUAAAGUUGUAUCGGAUUUGAGAGUAGUCACGGAAACGCUUUGGAAUCAAUCGAAAAGACUUGAGAAAAAUGAUUUGACUGUAAGAAUAGGUUACCCAUUUUCCCCUCAACUUGCAUUAAGAUUGAAAAAAUCAGACGAAGAUCUUGCUCGUGGAUAUAAAAAUGAUUUUAUGAUCGAGGAGAAAAUGGAUGGGGAAAGAAUUCAACUUCAUUAUAAAGAUUACGGACAUACAAUUAGCUACUGGAGCAGAAAUGGUAUAAAUUACACUUACCUUUAUGGAGAAAAUCAAAACUUGGGUUCGAUAUCUAAUUGUUUACAAUUCGUUGAUGGUGUUAAGAAUUGUAUCUUAGAUGGCGAAAUGGUUACGUAUAACCGUGAGACGAAUAUGAUACUACCUUUUGGGCUAACAAAAACUAGCGCUGGGAAUCAACUAACUUAUGAGGCAACCGGAGAGUAUGAAUCAUCAUACAGACCUCUAUAUAUGGUAUUUGAUUUAAUAUAUUUGAAUGGAAAACCGUUAACAGCUCUUGAACUAUGGAAGAGGAAAGAAUAUUUACAAAAGAUUUUAGUUCCAACUGAAAAUGUUGUCGAAAUUCUCCCAUUCUCAAGAUGUAGCGAGGCAAGUUCUAUAUCUGCUUCAUUGGGAGCAGCAAUUUCCCGUGGCUCUGAGGGUAUAAUAUUAAAGGAUUCACACUCCAAAUACCUCUUAGGUAGAAGGUCUGAUUGCUGGAUCAAGAUAAAACCUGAAUACCUAGAGAACUUUGGAGAAAAUUUAGAUUUAGUAAUAAUUGGAAGAAUUAGGGGCAAGAAGGACUCAUUUAUCUGCGCACUGGCAAUUGUGGAAGAUAUCAAUGCUAAUGACGACUCCCUAAAGAUAGCAGAUAUGGAAACAACACCAGAACCACAUAUUGUUGAGCCUAACAUUAGGAAGUUCAUUUCAUUUUGUAGCAUUGCAAAUGGAAUAUCUAAUGAGGAGUUUAAACAAAUUGAGAGACUAACGAGGGGUAACUGGAUUUCUUAUUCCGAAAACCCUCCUUCCACAGAUUGGGUUGAAUUUGGAACAAAAACUCCAAAUGAAUGGAUCGAUCCUAAGCAUUCUAUAGUUCUAGAAGUGAAAGCCAGAUCGAUAGACAACGAAGAAGUAGGAAAAGAAAGAUAUAAAACAGGUAGCACACUUCAUGGCGCGUACUGCCGUUGUAUUCGAUAUGAUAAAGAUUGGAAAACAGCGUGCACACUAGAAGAAUUUAAGCAAGCUAGAGAAGCUAAAGAAUACUAUAAUCAUCACUAUGGAAAUAGUGUGGUUAAAUCCAAAAAAUCGCCCAGUAAAAAGCGAGAAUUUCACGUUGUGGGAACGGUAGAAGACUCUAAAGUUACUGGAAAAAGAUUUUUGCACGGCUGUCACUUUUACGUCUUAAGUGGAUACUUCGACAAGAGAUUCGGUAUCAGAGUUGAUAAUACAAUGGUUGCUGAAAAUAUUGUAGCCCAUGGUGGCACAUACGUGCAUAACUUGAACAUUCGAGCUGGGCUGGGAAAGCUAUAUAUAUUGGGCGGUAAAUUAACACGAGAAUGUAAGAUUUUGAUUGAUCGAGGUUAUGAUAUUAUCCACCCUUCUUGGUUGAUGGAUAGUGUAAUGUAUGGAACUAUGUUACGUAUAGAGCCCCGUUAUAUAUAUAAUGUGGGAAUUGAGUUUAUGGCGAACGUAUCAGCACGUGUUGAUGAGUAUAAUGACAGUUAUCAAAUACCUAUAGAGUGCAGCGAAUAUGAACAUAUUAUAGGCGAAAGUAAAGAAUUACUUCUAUCUGAAGAAAGUCCUGCACUGAAUACUAAUACUGUCAAUGAAGAGUUACCUUUCCUUCUUUUCCAAAGGAUGAAUAUAUUCAUACUCGCAGAUGACGUACACUACCAAGAUCGCGUAGAUUUGAUCAAGUGGAAGAUUCGGGCUUACCAAGGUGCUUUAACUGAUGACAUAGCAAAUGCCAAUCUUAUUGUUGCUAUAGAAUAUAACUACUCAAAAGCUGGUAUCGAACAAGUGAGGCAUACAGUAGCAUCCCUAAUCGGUGAGAACAUUCCUGGAAGACCAAUUCCUAAGAUAACUGUAGAUAGAUGGAUAGAAGCCUGUAUUGAAGAACAGUGUUUAGUGGACGAGGAAGAUUACCUCGCUGUAUAG